GACAGAUAAUAUUAUUUCUUUUUAAGUCACAGAUAUUUUUUUCAAAUAAAAAAAAAUUGAAAGUUGUAUGUAAAUAAACUUAGUUUUUGGUAAUGUUACAUUUGUACAUAUUAGUUGAAUGUAAUCAUUUACACAAACUGGUUUUCUCCCCUAGUUGAUAACUUGUUUGUAAACAUGUAAAAACAGGAAUAAUUUAGUAAAUACAACUAAACUUUCUAAUUGACUAAACAUGAUUUGAAAGCUAUUGUAACACUUCCAUUGAUUUUUGUGUCACACAUUUUGAGUCUUAUUAAGUUUAAAAGUUAAGUUUUGUUUUUUGUUGUACAUGUACUAGAUAAUUUUAAAGCUGAUGUCACCUUGAGAUAAAUUAAAGUGGCAUGGUCAUGUGUUUAAGUAUAGUCUUUAUUUGAAUAAAUUGUUGUGAUAUAUACUAUACAUUCCAUUAUUUUGUAUAGAUUUUUAUUGUUUUUACUGAAGUUGUAUUUGCAUAUUUUUUACUGAUGGUUUACAAUUGGUUUAUGUAUGAUAUAAUAUUAAAUAGUAUUAAAUUGUUGGUUUAACACUGAAAUUUGUGUAACUAGUAUCCUACAAUAUUUUGUUUGGUAGACUGUUUGAUACUUAAUUAAUAUUUAAAUGAAAAUUUAAAGUGAUUUUGUGAUCAUGGCAAAUAAUAUUGAUAAUGAGAGUGACACAUCAACUGAAUUUGAUGAAAUAUCACUGGAAAAUUUCUUGACAUCAGAUGUAAAAAGUGAACCAGAAUUUCUAGGGAAUGAUGAAGACACAAGGGAUUAUAGUUCUGCAAGUGACUUCAACGGCAAUAUCAUCCCAAAAGAAGAGCCUACCAACGGUGAAAUCAGUCCUAGUCCUAAAAAGGGGCUGAAAGGGAAGGGUAGACGUAAAGGGGUAAAGGGGCGACGCAGGCUGGAUAUUCCCUGGGAAGAACGACUUCACUGUCAGGUGUGUGGGAAGAAGUUUGCCAGCCCCAGCAAUCGGCAGAAUCAUGAAAAGGUGAUCCAUCGAGGGUGGUGCCCUGUGAACUGUGGUACGUGCGGCAAGGCAUUCUCAUGUAAAAGUGCCUUGAAAAGACACAUGAUUACCCACACAGACGCCCGCCCCUACUCAUGCUCAUUGUGUCACGUGAGAUUCAAGCAGAUUGGAAAUAUGUAUCGGCACAUGAUAACCCACAAUGAAAAACGCGAGAAGAAAUAUGUAUGUAAAAUCUGCGGUAAGGGAUUCACAGAACAUCCAAAUUUGCAGCGUCAUAUCAUGACGCACCAGAAUCUGCGGCCUUAUAAAUGCCACCUCUGUCCAAAAGCGUUGACUACAGCAGCAAAUCUGGCUCGACAUGUCGAGACCCAUUCCGGUCGAAGGGAUUUCUUCUGUCAGAUUUGUGGCAAAGCGUUUUCUUGUGCAUCCACUGUGAAAAUUCAUAUGAACAGGCAUACAGGGAUCAAGCCCUAUGAAUGUGAUAUCUGUUUUAAGCGUUUCAUUUGCCACAGUAACCUAUCGAAACAUCUGAUCAUGCAUAAAAAGCAAGGUCAAAGGUAUCACUGUGGCUUGUGCGACAAUGGUUUUUGCACAGUUUUGUCGUUGGCUAACCAUAUGCAGAAACAUUCUGGCGAGGACGUUCAUUAUUGUCCGCAAUGCAACAAACAGUUCCCGACCAUUUCAAAGUUGCAGUCCCACAUUCCUGAGCAUGAAAACGAUAAAUGUUUUAGUUGUGAAAUUUGCUCAAAAAGUUUUAAAAAUCAAUAUCUCCUGGCUCGCCAUAAACUAGGUCACAAUGGAGAGAGGAUAUAUCGGUGUAAAAUCUGUGAUAAAGGCUUCUAUUAUAGAUGGUACUUAGCAAAACAUGAGAAAUUACAUGAAGGGAUUAAACCCCACGCCUGUGAAAUCUGUGAUAAAAAAUUUUCGCAUCCAAAAUCGCUGCGGGACCACAUGCAGCACCAUACCGGGGAUAUCGUGAAAGAGCACAACUGUGAACUCUGCAAUGUAAACUUUAGAUUCAAGAAUAGUUACACCCGGCACUGCAAGGGGAAAAGGCACCUGGAAAAAUUGGGAAUCAAAAGUGAGCAAAUUUGAGGAUCAUGGUCAUUUUAACCCAUUUAUGCCUAGUGGACUCUCCCAUCCCUCUAAAUUGGAUCAAUUUAUUUCCAAAAUUAGAGAUGUCUGGUAUAUUUAUUUCUAUUUUUAGAAUAUUUCUCACAAAAAUUCCUGUA